AUGAGCUCCACGUCCUUGGCUUCUUCUUGUUCGUCGGCGGAUGUUCUGGCCGCCUUCGACGAUGCCAUCGCUAACGGGGUCGACGUCAUAACCAUCUCAAUUGGGACGAGGUCCCCUGUUGACCUCGACAGAGACACCAUCGCCAUUGGCGGCUUCCAUGCGACCAAGAGAGGGAUCUUGACGGUCCAUUCGGCCGGAAACGGCGGGCCGGAUCCUGCCACCACGGGGAGCGUGGCUCCGUGGUUGCUCUCGGUUGCUGCCAGCACCAUCGACCGGAAGUUCGAGUCCGAGGUUGUUCUCGACAACGGAAAGAUUUUUACGUUUUUGGCUCUUCAAGCUGGCGCUAAGGGAGUCGUCUUCCCUUACGCAGAGCUCGACACCGCCUCCGUCGUCUCGUUGCCGGCAGCUGGGAUGGAUCCCAAGAGAUUCGAUGCCAUCGCCUCCUAUCAGAACUCUACCAAGAAUCCAGUGGCAAAGAUACUGAAAAGUGACACCGUGACGGACCCCGGAGCUCCGGCGGUUGCUUUCUUCUCUUCCAGAGGCCCGAAUGUCAUUGCGUACGCCAUUCUCAAG